AAUAAAAUGGAGAAAAAGGAGCUGGUCUUGAUUCUAGACUUCGGUUCUCAAUACACCCACCUCAUAACAAGGCGAAUUCGUUCUCUCUCCGUCUUUUCUCUAUGCAUCUCCGGCACUUCUUCUCUCGAAACGAUUGCCUCCCAUAAUCCACAUGUAGUUAUUCUCUCCGGAGGGCCCCACUCCGUCCACGCCCCUGACUCGCCCGCUUUUCCCACCGACUUCCUCGAGUGGGCCCAGUCCAAUGGUGUCUACGUGCUUGGAGUCUGUUACGGGCUCCAGUUGAUGGUACAGAAACUUGGGGGUGUUGUCAGGGUUGGGGAGAAACAGGAAUACGGGCGGAUGGAUAUUCUGGUGGAGGGUAGUUCGGGAAUAUUUGGGAAUAAGAAGUUGGGUGAACGGCAGGUCGUUUGGAUGAGUCACGGAGACGAGGCCGCUGUGUUGCCUGAUGGGUUUGAGGUUGUGGCUAGAAGCCAGCAGGGGGCUGUUGCUGCUGUUGAGAAUAGAGAGAGGAGGCUUUUUGGGCUUCAAUAUCAUCCGGAGGUGACACACUCACCUGAAGGGAUGGAAACACUACGGUAUUUUCUCUUUGAUGUUUGUGGAGUCAGUGCUGGCUGGAAGAUGGAAAAUGUAUUGGAUGAAGAAAUUAGAAUAAUCAAUGACAAGGUGGGGCCUGAAGAACAUGUCAUUUGUGCUCUAUCUGGUGGUGUAGAUUCCACAGUUGCUGCUACACUUGUUUAUAAGGCAAUUGGGGAUAGGCUUCACUGUGUUUUUGUUGACAAUGGCUUGUUAAGGUACAAAGAGAGAGAACGCGUUAUGGAAACCUUUGAAAAGGAUCUACAUCUACCAGUAACUUGCGUUGAUGCUACAGAUCAGUUUCUUAGUAAGCUGAAAGGUGUGGUAGAUCCUGAGAUGAAGAGGAAGAUAAUUGGAAGGGAAUUCAUAUGCAUCUUUGAUGCUUUUGCCAAUGAGUUGGAGCAGAAAUUAGGAAAGAAACCUGCUUACUUGGUCCAAGGAACCUUGUAUCCAGAUGUAAUUGAAUCAUGCCCGCCACCUGGAACAGGAAGAACCCACUCCCAUACAAUCAAAAGCCAUCACAAUGUUGGGGGCCUUCCUAAGGACAUGAAGUUGAAGCUCAUUGAACCGCUUAAACUUCUAUUUAAAGACGAGGUUCGUCAACUUGGGAAAAUUUUGAAUGUUCCUGAACCAUUUUUAAAGCGUCACCCAUUCCCUGGGCCUGGCCUUGCAGUACGAGUCCUAGGUGAUGUAACUGAUGGCAAUGCGUUGGAUAUCCUCCGCCUGGUGGAUGAAAUUUUCAUUCAAUCAAUCAAGGAUGCUGGGCUUUAUGAUUCAAUUUGGCAAGCUUUUGCAGUGUUUUUGCCUGUAAGAUCAGUUGGAGUUCAAGGUGAUCAAAGAACACAUUCACAUGUUGUUGCUCUUAGAGCUGUUACAAGCCAAGAUGGAAUGACAGCAGAUUGGUAUUAUUUUGAGCAUAAAUUCCUUGAUGAUGUAGCAAGAAAAAUUUGUAACAAUGUUCGGGGUGUAAACCGAGUUGUUCAAGACAUCACAUCCAAGCCUCCAUCUACAAUUGAGUGGGAAUGAUCAUCUGUUGGUUGCCUUAUUGAUUAAUGGGAAGUAACGGACUUUAUGGUCUGUAGAACUAAGGUGAUGCAUUAAUUAUUACCUUCUCUUUGCCUAUAAUUCCGUAAGUUGGCAAGAAGGAAUUGGAAUCAAGCAGAAUUUCAUGAUGCUUGAUGUCUCUGCUGAUUUCCUUUUUGCCAAAUUAUAAGAAGGUAAUACAUAUUGGAGGGUCAAUAGCUUAAAUGUUUGUAGAGAAAUUUUUUGUUAGCUCAAUUUUAUGCUAUAUUUCUGACCACAUCGGUUUUUAAUCAAUGGUUUUUCGUUUGAGUCUUUUGCUA